CCCACUACAACUGUCGCCUCAACCACCGUGAAACCCACGUCGUCCACCCCCACUACAACUGUCGCCUCAACCACCGUGAAACCCACCUCGACGACCCCCACUACAACUGUCACACCAAACACGACGACCCCCAAGUCUACGACCCCCACCACAACUGUAGCCUCAACCACCGUGAAACCCACGUCGACGACACCCACUACAACUGUCGCCCCAACGCCCACGACACCCAAUUCUACGACCCCCACUACAACUGUCGCCUCAACCACCGUGAAACCCACGUCGACGACCCCCACUACAACUGUAGCCUCAACCACCGUGAAACCCACGUCGACGACCCCCACUACAACUGUAGCCUCAACCACUGUGAAACCCACGUCGACGACACCCACUACAACUGUAGCCUCAACCCCCUUGAAACCCACGUCGGCGACACCCACUACAACUGUGACCCCAAACACCACGACGUCCAAGUCUACGACCCCCACUACAACUGUCUCCUCAUCCACCGUGAAACCCACGUCGACGACACCCACUACAACUGUCACCCCAAACACCACCACACCCAAGUCUACGACACCCACUACAACUGUCGCCUUCUAUGACCACCACUACAACUGUGACCCAAAACACCAGGACACCCAAGUCUACAAACACCACUACAACUGUCGCCCCAACCGGCAUGACACCCACGUCGACGACACCCACUACAACUGUCGCCCCAACCGCCAAGACACCCAAGUCUACGACCCCCACUAUAUCUGUCACUUCAACCACCACACCCAAGUCUACAACCACCAUUACAACGGUCUCCCCAACCGGCAUGACACCCAAGUCUACAACCCCCACUACAACUGUCGCCCCAACCACCGUGAAACCCAAGUCUUCGACCAUCACUACAACUUUGACCCCAAACACCACGACACCCAAGUCUACAAACACCACUACAACUGUCGCCCCAACCGGCACGACACCCAAGUCUACGACCACAACUACAACUGUCGUCCCAACCGCCAAGACACCCAAGUCUACAACCACCAUUACAACUGUCGCCGCAACCGCCACGACACCCAAGUCUACGACCCCCACUACAUCUGUCACUUCAACCCCCGUGAAACCCACGACCCCCACUACAACUGUGACCCCAAACACCACGAUAUCCAAGUCUACAACCACCACUACAACUGUCGCCUCAACCACUGUGAAACGCACGUCGACGACCCCAACUACAACUGUCGCCUCAACCACCUCUAUGACCACCACUACAACUGUGACCCCAAACACCAGGACACCCAAGUCUACAAACACCACUACAACUGUCGCCCCAACCGGCAUGACACCCAAGUCUACGACCACCACUACAACUGUCGCCCCAACUGCCAAGACACCCAAGUCUACAACCACCAUUACAACUGUCGCCCCAACCUGCACGACACCCAAGUCUACAACCCCCACUACAACUGUCGCCUCAACCACAGUGAAACCCAUGUCGACGACACCCACUACAACUGUCGCCCCAACGCCCACGACACCCAAUUCUACGACCCCAACGUCAACUGUCGCCUCAACAACCGUGAAACCCACGUCGACGACCCCCACUACAGCUGUCACCCCAAACACCACCCCCACUACAACUCCUCAACCACCAUGAAACCCAAGUCUACAACCACCAAUACAACCGUGACCCCAAACACCGUGAAAACCACGUCUAUGACCACCACUACAACUGUGACCCCAAACACCAGGACACCCAAGUCUACAAACACCACUACAACUGUCGCCCCAACCGGCAUGACACCGAAGUCUACGACCACCACUACAACUGUCGCCCCAACUGCCAAGACACCCAAGUCUACAACCACCAUUACAACUGUCGCCCCAACCUGCACGACACCCAAGUCUACAACCCCCACUACAACUGUCGCCUCAACCACAGUGAAACCCAUGUCGACGACACCCAAUACAACUGUCGCCCCAACGCCCACGACACCCAAUUCUACGACCCCCACGACAACUGUCGCCUCAACCACCGUGAAACCCACGUCGACGACCCCCACUACAGCUGUCCCCCCAAACACCACCCCCACUACAACUGUAGCCUCAACCACCGUAAAACCCACGUCGACGACCCCCACUACAACUGUAUCCUCAACCACCAUGAAACCCACGUCGACGACCCCCACUACAACUGAAGGCUCAACCACCGUGAAACCCACGUCUACGACACCCAGUACAAAUGUAGCCUCAACCACCGUGAAACCCACGUCGACGACACCCACUACAACUGUUGCCUCAACCACCGUGAAACCCCCGUCGACCACCCCCACUACAACUGUCGCCUCAACCACCGUGAAACCCACGUCGACGACCCCCACUACAACUGUCACACCAAACACGACGACCCCCAAGUCUACGACCCCCACCACAACUGUAGCCUCACCCACCGUGAAACCCACGUCGACGACACCCACUACAACUGUCGCCUCAACACCCACUACAACUGUCGCCCCAACACCCACGACACCCAAUUCUACGACCCCCACUACAACUGUUGCCUCAACCACCGUGAAACCCACGUCGACGACCCCCACUACAACUGUCACCCCAAACACCACCCCCACUACAACUGUCGCCUCAACCACCGUGAAACACACGUCGACGACACCCACUACAACUGUAGCCUCAACCACCGUGAAACACACGUUGUCCACUCCCACUACAACUGUCGCCUCAACCACCGUGAAACCCACGUCGACGACACCCACUACAACUGUCGCCCCAACGCCCACGACACCCAAUUCUACGACCCCCACUACAACUGUCGCCUCAACCACCGUGAAACCCACGUCGACGACCCCCACUACAACUGUAGCCUCAACCACCGUGAAACACACGUCGACGACCCCCACUACAACUGUAGCCUCAACCACCGUGAAACCCACGUCGACGACACCCACUACAACUGUGACCCCAAACACCACGACACCCAAGUCUACGACCCCCACUACAACUGUCACCUCAACCACCGUGAAACCCACGUCGACGACACCCACUACAACUGUCGCCUCAACCACCGUGAAACCCACGUCGACGACACCCACUACAACUGUCGCCCCAACGCCCACGACACCCAAUUCUGCGACCCCCACGACAACUGUCGCCUCAACCACCACACCCACUACAACUGUCGCCCCAACACCCACGACACCCAAUUCUACGACCCCCACUACAACUGUUGCCUCAACCACCGUGAAACCCACGUCGACGACCCCCACUACAACUGUCACCCCAAACACCACCCCCACUACAACUGUCGCCUCAACCACCGUGAAACACACGUCGACGACCCCCACUACAACUGUAGCCUCAACCACCGUGAAACACACGUCGUCCACUCCCACUACAACUGUCGCCUCAACCACCGUGAAACCCACGUCGACGACACCCACUACAACUGUCGCCCCAACGCCCACGACACCCAAUUCUACGACCCCCACUACAACUGUCGCCUCAACCACCGUGAAACCCACGUCGACGACCCCCACUACAACUGUAGCCUCAACCACCGUGAAACACACGUCGACGACCCCCACUACAACUGUAGCCUCAACCACCGUGAAACCCACGUCGACGACACCCACUACAACUGUGACCCCAAACACCACGACACCCAAGUCUACGACCCCCACUAGAACUGUCACCUCAACCACCGUGAAACCCACGUCGACGACACCCACUACAACUGUCGCCUCAACCACCGUGAAACCCACGUCGACGACACCCACUACAACUGUCGCCCCAACGCCCACGACACCCAAUUCUGCGACCCCCACGACAACUGUCGCCUCAACCACCGACACCCAAGUCUACAAACACCACUACAACUGUCGCCCCAACCGGCAUGACACCGAAGUCUACGACCACCACUACAACUGUCGCCCCAACUGCCAAGACACCCAAGUCUACAACCACCAUUACAACUGUCGCCCCAACCUGCACGACACCCAAGUCUACAACCCCCACUACAACUGUCGCCUCAACCACAGUGAAACCCAUGUCGACGACACCCAAUACAACUGUCGCCCCAACGCCCACGACACCCAAUUCUACGACCCCCACGACAACUGUCGCCUCAACCAACCCUCAACCACCGUGAAACCCACGUCGACGACCCCCACUACAACUGUAGCCUCAACCACCGUGAAACCCACGUCUACAACUGACACUACAACUGUCACAACUGUGACCCCAACCACCGUGAAACCCAAGUCGACGACCCCCACUACAACUGUCGUCUCAUCCACCGUGAAACCCACGUCGACGACACCCACUACAACUGUCACCCCAAACACCACCACGACCCCCACUACAACUGUCACCCCAAACACCACCCCCACUACAACUGUCGCCUCAACCACCGUGAAACCCACGUCGACGACCCCCACUACAACUGUGACCCCAACCACCGUGAAACCCACGUCGACGACCCCCACUACAACUGUAGCCUCAACCACCGUGAAACCCACGUCGACGACCCCCACUACAACUGUCACCCCAAACACCACCCCCACUACAACUGUCACCUCAACCACCGUGAAACCAACGUCGACGACACCCACUACAACUGUCGCCUCAACCACCAUGAAACCCACGUCGACGACACCCACUACAACUGUUGUCACAACCACCGUGAAACCCACGUCGACGACCCCCACUACAACUGUCACCUCAACCACUGUGAAACCCACGUCGACCACCCCCACUACAACUGUCGCCUCAACCACCGUGAAACCCACGUCGACGACCCCCACUACAACUGUAGCCUCAACCACCGUGAAACCAACGUGGACGACACCCACUACAACUGUCGCCUCAACCACUGUGAAACCCACUUCGACGACCCCCACUACAACUGUCACCCCAAACACCACCCCCACUACUACUGUAGCCUCAACCACUGUGAAACCCACGUCGACGACCCCCACUACAACUGUAGCCUCAACCACCGUGAAACCAACGUCGACGACACCCACUACAACUGUCGCCUCAACCACUGUGAAACCCACGUCGACGACCCCCACUACAACUGUCACCCCAAACACCACCCCCACUACUACUGUCGCCUCAACCACCGUGAAACCCACGUCGACGACACCCACUACAACUGUCGCCUCAACCACCGUGAAACCCAGGUCAACGACCCCCACUACAACUAUAGCCUCAACCACCGUGAAACCCACGUCGACAACACCCACUACAACUGUAGCCUCAACCACCGUGAAACCCACGUCGACGACACCCACUACAACUGUUGUCACAACCACCGUGAAACCCACAUCGACGACCCCCACUACAACUGUCGCCUCAUCCACUGUGAAACCCACGUCGACCACCCCCACUACAACUGUCGCCUCAACCACCGUGAAACCCACGUCGACGACCCCCACUACAACUGUCGCCUCAACCACCGUGAAACCCACGUCGACGACCCCCACUACAACUGUUGUCACAACCACCGUGAAACCCACGUCGACGACCCCCACUACAACUGUCACCUCAACCACUGUGAAACCCACGUCGACGACCCCCACUACAACUGUCACCCCAAACACCACCCCCACUACUACUGUCGCCUCAACCACCGUGAAACCCACGUCGACGACACCCACUACAACUGUCGCCUCAACCACCAUGAAACCCAGGUCAACGACCCCCACUACAACUAUAGCCUCAACCACCGUGAAACCCACGUCGACAACACCCACUACAACUGUAGCCUCAACCACCGUGAAACCCACGUCGACGACACCCACUACAACUGUUGUCACAACCACCGUGAAACCCACAUCGACGACCCCCACUACAACUGUCGCCUCAUCCACUGUGAAACCCACGUCGACCACCCCCACUACAACUGUCGCCUCAACCACCGUGAAACCCACGUCGACGACCCCCACUACAACUGUAGCCUCAACCACCGUAAAACCAACGUCGACGACACCCACUACAACUGUCACCUCAACCACCGUGAAACCCACGUCGACCACCCCCACUACAACUGUCGCCUCAACCACCGUGAAACCCACGUCGACGACCCCCACUACAACUGUAGCCUCAACCACCGUAAAACCAACGUCGACGACACCCACUACAACUUCGACGACACCCACUACAACUGUUGUCACAACCACCGUGAAACCCACAUCGACGACCCCCACUACAACUGUCGCCUCAUCCACUGUGAAACCCACGUCGACCACCCCCACUACAACUGUCGCCUCAACCACCGUGAAACCCACGUCGACGACCCCCACUACAACUGUAGCCUCAACCACCGUAAAACCAACGUCGACGACACCCACUACAACUGUCGCCUCAACCACCGUGAAACCCACGUCGACGACACCCACUACAACUGUUGUCACAACCACCGUGAAACCCACGUCGACGACCCCCACUACAACUGUCACCUCAACCACUGUGAAACCCACGUCGACCACCCCCACUACAACUGUCGCCUCAACCACCGUGAAACCCACGUCGACGACCCCCACUACAACUGUAGCCUCAACCACCGUGAAACCAACGUGGACGACACCCACUACAACUGUCGCCUCAACCACUGUGAAACCCACUUCGACGACCCCCACUACAACUGUCACCCCAAACACCACCCCCACUACUACUGUAGCCUCAACCACUGUGAAACCCACGUCGACGACCCCCACUACAACUGUAGCCUCAACCACCGUGAAACCAACGUCGACGACACCCACUACAACUGUCGCCUCAACCACUGUGAAACCCACGUCGACGACCCCCACUACAACUGUCACCCCAAACACCACCCCCACUACUACUGUCGCCUCAACCACCGUGAAACCCACGUCGACGACCCCCACUACAACUGUAGCCUCAACCACCGUGAAACCAACGUGGACGACACCCACUACAACUGUCGCCUCAACCACUGUGAAACCCACUUCGACGACCCCCACUACAACUGUCACCCCAAACACCACCCCCACUACUACUGUAGCCUCAACCACUUCUACAACCACCACUACAACUGUCGCCCCAACCCCCACCACACCCAUGUCGACGACCCCCACUACAACUGUCACCCCAAACACCACGACACCCAACCUCAACCACCGUGAAACCUACGUCGACGAUCCCCACUACAACUGUGGCCCCAACCGCCACGACACCCAAGUCUACGACCCCCACUACAACUGUGGCCCCGACCGCCACGACAACCAUGUCUACGACCACCACUACAACUGUGGCCCAAAUCGCCAUGACAUCCAAGUCUACGACCACCACAACAACUUCCACAACUACCCCUACCACCACGACUACCACCAAACCUACAACCACCCUUACAGCCACCGCACCGGCAGCGCGUUCAUGUUAGUGCAUGUGAGCCUCUCCUCCACCGGAGUCGUUAAUCCACUCCCCCUAUAUAGCCGGGACCGUAAUGCCACUCCCCCUAUCAAACCACUGAGGACCGGCUGCGGACUUAGCGAAAGCGACAUGGCGGAGGAAAACCCAUGA